AUGGACCGGAUCACGGCCGCCUACGGCAAUUUGCGGCUGCCGUGGAUGGACGCGGACACGGAGACAGAGGAGGCGCAUGUGGACGAGCCCACCACGGUCUUGAGCAUCCGGUCCAAAGACUCGCGGAUCGAGAAGCUGCAGGAAGAGCUUUUGAAGCAGAAGGAGUACAGGAAGCAAGACAGCAAGGAGACCUUGCAGCGCGAGCAGGCGAUGAACAUGAAGUUGGCGAUCCUGCAAAAAAAGUUGGAGGAACUCGAAGGAAAAGGUGGAAAAGGUGAGGAGGACAAAUGCUCUUUGGCCUCGUGGAUGCCUGUCGACGAAGCAGGUCGGGCUGGUGAAGGGGGCGCCUGA